GGGAGGGAGAGGAACGAAGGGGAAGCAGAUAGAGGAGAUCCACUCACGGGAUUCUGCGUUGUUGAUUUGUGUGUGGAAGUAUCGUGGGUUUUGCCUGCCUCCAUUGUUGCUCGUCUGCUGAAAUAAGUUGUACCCCAGCAGGCCCCUCUUCAGGUCCAGCGGGUUCUCUGGAGAAACAGGAGCGCGAAGAGGAAGAGAGGAAGAAACGCCUGCAGUUGUAUGUGUUUAUUCUGCGCUGUGUCACCUACCCGUUCAACGCCAAGCAGCCCACGGACAUGACCAAGAGGCAGAUCAAAGUCACCAAGCACCAACUGGACGUCAUUCAGGGGCGCUUCCAGAGCUUUCUGAAAGGAGAGCUGCAGAUAGCAGCAGACGAAGCCUUCAUCAACGCCGUGCAGAGUUAUUAUGAGAUCUUCCUCAAGAACGAGCGCCUCGCUUCCAUGGUGACUUCCGGUGCCUGCUCCCAGCAUGACCUAAGGGAGGUCUUCAAACACAACGUGGAAAAGAGAGUCAGGUCCCUCCUGGAAAUUGACGGUCUCAGUAAGGAGACUGUGCUCACCUCCUGGAUGGCCAAGUUUGACAUGAUAAUUAAAGCAGGUGAAGAAGACAGCAAGAGGCCAGGUCGGAUGCAGCAACCGCUCAACAGUGAGCUCAUUAUGCCUAAAGAGCAACUCUUUGACAUGUUUCAGCAAAUCUUAGGCAUCAAGAAAUUUGAGCACCAGCUGCUGUUCAAUGCACUUCAGCUGGACAGCCAAGAUGAACAAGCUGCAGCUAUCCGGAGAGAGUUGGAUGGACGCAUGCAAAAGGUUGCAGAACUAGAGAGGAAUCGCAAGCUGAUGCCCAAGUUUGUGGUGAAAGAAAUGGGGUCCCUUUAUCUGGAGGAGCUUAAGACUUCAAUAAACCUCUUGAUGGCCAACCUAGAGAGUCUUCCUGUUUCAAAAUGUUCACAGGAAGGCAAAUAUGGGUUACAAAAACUCAGAAAGUACAAUCAUAGGUCAGAUGGCAGCUUGGAAAAUCUAAGUCUUAGUAGACGUAAAAGAUACAAAGUUUUCGAGUGCCUGUCCCCAAGAUUAAGAAAGUUGAGUGCAUCAGUUAUAUGCUGAUUUUCAACUGAUCCUGUAUAACUCAUAUCCAUGAGCUGGCAAAGUAGAAUGAGGAAGUAAGUUUUCUUAGAAGUGAAAAAGAAAUAGUUUGCAAGUGAGAAAAUUUAAAAUGUUUAAGUGUUCAAGAUGGCUUGGUGGGUGUACACAUUUUAACAUG